CUAUUCUGCGCCUGAGUACAACGUGCCUGGAUUCAUCGCCAUUUGCGAGUUCGGCAGAAUGUCCACAGUCGUCGGGGAGCUUAAGAAUGCGGCGUGCGGGCGCACGGCAGCCUGGCCCGACAAUAACGCACGACCAGAACUUCGUACGCUACGUGGUCGUACAUUACGGCAUGUUCAGCUCUGGAUCCUCUACGGUCUCUGGGUCGUCGGCUUGGGUUUCUUCAUCGCGAUGUCGAUUUUCUCUGUCUUAUGCGUGGCUAGAUGGGGUUGGAUGACCACCGUGAAUACCGACGCAACGCCGUUGCCAUACACCGUCAAGCUCUAUCUAUGCGGCCUUGCGAUGCACGAGAGCUACUACUACCUGACACCUCCCUCGCUCCACUCGUGGCCGUUCAUGCGCCGUAUCAUGCGCUACAUCUUCUUGCACUACCCGUACUUCCGUCUCAACGUAACGAUCUUCGAAGAGCGCCUGGAAGCCGAGAGAAAGCUGAAUGUAAGCGAAGCAGAGGCAGCUAGCAAGGCAAUCGAGGUGAAUGACUGUACGCCGUUCGUCAAGCCUAACGACCGCUCCAUGUUCGCUUUCCACCCUCAUGGCGUGCUUUCCAAUGGCUUCGCCAUUAAUGGUGCUCACCACAUGACCUUCGAGCGUGCAGACUGUCGAUGGCUCGUAGCGGAGAACCUCUUCUGGUUCCCCGUGCUGCGUGAGGUUUUGAACUGGAUGGACUUCAGCAGCGUGGCCAAAGCUACUUUCCAGUGUAUCAUGCCAACGGGGCAGAACGUGGGUCUCAUUCCUGGCGGGUUCGAAGAGGCCACACUUUAUCGGCGAGGCAAACACCGCGUGUACAUCAAGAAGCGUCUCGGCUUCAUCAAGAUGGCGCUACAGUAUGGAUACAAGGUGCACCCGGUCUACACGUUUGGUGAGGAAUACGCCUACCACACGUUUCCGAGUUUGUUGAAACUUCGUCUCAAACUGAACGAGUUCAAGCUGCCUGGUGUGGUUUUCUUCGGUCGAUUCAACUGUUGCUACCUGCCCCGACCUGACGUUGACCUCAUUACAGUCAUUGGUAAACCUUUGAUUCUACCGCAGAUUGAAAAUCCGACGAGGGAAGAUGUACGAAAGUAUCAUGACCAGUACAUCGAGGCGCUUCAAGGGCUAUUUGACAGAUACAAAGGCGUGUACGCCGUUGAUCCGAGUGCCAAACUUGACAUUUUCUAAACAACCAGUAAUGAAAGUAUACUUUUUUUUGUUAACGCUAACAGAACAUUUGAUCCAGCUCA